GACUUUUCUUUACUUUCCUUUUUUAUUUUUUAUUACCAUCUUUAUCAUGUUAUAUCACAUUACACGAUCUUUUCGUAUUUGUCCUGUUCGAUCUUAUACAACUGGUUCAUCCAAUACUAUUCCUCUUUCUUUUACAAAAUACCCAGCACGCGGCUCUAUCCAAAACUCAUCACCUCUUGCCAUAUGUCAUGGUUUAUUUGGAAGUAAGCAAAACUGGAGAGGUUUGGCCAAGGCAAUGAGUCAACGUUUAUCAAGAGAUGUCUAUGCAAUGGAUCUACGAAACCACGGUGAAAGUCCACAUUCAUUACCACAUACUUACCAAGUCAUGGCAGACGAUCUCAAGCAAUGGGUUCUUGAUCAAGGGUUAAAAAAUAUAACGUUUCUUGGUCAUUCCAUGGGUGGGAAAACAGUGAUGACUUUGGCAUUGACAUGUCCCGAGAUAGUGUCCAAAUUGAUUGUUGCGGAUAUUGCGCCUGUGCAUAUGCCACUUUUAUCCGAGUUUCCAAGGUAUGUGGAAGGAUUUAAAAUGAUUGAAUCUCGACAACCGACACGACAAACUGAUGCUGAACAAUUGAUGAUGCAAUAUGAACCCGAUCCAGCCAUCCGACAGUUCUUACUCACCAAUGUCAAGAAAUCACGUCAAGAUGGGGUGUAUAGGCUCCGUGUACCUAUAGAUAUCUUAGGCAAUGCUUUGGGUAACUUGGGCGAAUUCAUUCAAGGUCAUCAGUAUCAUGGUCCUACGUUAUUCAUCACUGGUGGUAUCAGCCCUUAUCGAAAACUCUUCUUGGCCCAUCCUGACUUGGUUGAUCAACAAUUCCCUCAUUCUACCAUGGAAGUCAUGCCUAAUUGUGGCCAUUGGUUACAUGCCGAGAACCCGGAACUCUUCUUAUCCUUAAUCUGCAAUUUUAUCAACAAUGUGGAAAGUCAUACCUCAAUAGAAUGAUGUCUUUAGUUAGAUUCUGUAUAGUUUAUAUUAGUAUAGAUCAAUUAACAAAAAUAAAUGUACAUAUAUCUUUAAUACAUGUA